AUGUCUAGUGGAGUGCAAGACAGUCCACAACCCUCGAUAUAUGAAAGCCCAAGCCUACAGGAUGAAAAUCAGUCUUCAUCGCCAUCUGAGACAUCUUGCCAAAUCGCCAACGAACAAUGGAACCACCCACGAUCUAACAUAGCAAAGACACUGGCGACAUUCUGGAGCUUCCUAAUAAUGGGAGCAAAUGACUCCGCAUACGGUCUCGAAACCUACUACAACCUCUCCUACACAACCGUCUCCCUCGUCUUCCUCUCUCCAGCACUAGGCUAUGCUACCGCCGCAGUCGUGAACGAGCGAGCGCAUUGCGCUAUAGGCAGACGAGGUGUGGCCUUCGUCUCAUCCAUGUGCCAUCUGAUAGCAUACAUCUUGAACUGCGUGCAUCCACCAUACCCCGUCCUCGUCGUGUCAUUCAUGUUCGCAGGUCUGGGGAAUGGCCUCGCUGACUCGGCAUGGAACGCCUGGAUUGGAAACCUCGAUAAUGCGAAUCAGUUACUCGGUCUGCUUCAUGGAUCUUACGGUGUAGGUGCUGUUAUCAGCCCUCUCAUUGCAUCGCUACUUGUUGCGGACGCUGGUUUGCCGUGGUAUUAUUUUUAUUACAUUAUGAUUGGAGGCGCUGCAAUCGAGGUUCUCGUCUGCGUUGCGUGUUUCUGGGAUUCUACAGGAACGUCGUUCCUACUCGCUAAAAAGCAACAUCCCGGCGAUACAUCCGAACAAGCAGGCUUGCGCAAAGUCCUAACCACAAUGCCAUCUGCGCGAAUCACUUGGGUCUGCUCAAUCUUCUUACUUGGGUACGUUGGCGUCGAAGUAGCGCUAGGAGGGUGGAUUGUGACAUUCAUGAAAGAAGUGCGGCACGCUGCACCGUUUCCUAGCAGCAUGACUUCUACAGGAUUCUGGCUGGGAAUAACCGUUGGACGGGUUAUCCUUGGUUUUGUGACUCCUUUGAUUGGCGAGAAGGUUGCCAUCUCGGGGUUCUUUCUGGGUCCGCUGUUCCCGGCGGUUGUGGUUGUCACCACGAAACUCCUGCCAAAACACUUGCAUGUCAGCGCCAUUGGGUUUGCGGCAGCCUUCGGUGGUUGUGGCGCGGCUGUUCUCCCGUUUAUUGUUGGUGUGCUUGCGCAGGCUAAGGGUGUGCUGGUUUUGAUGCCGUUUACCAUAGCGCUUUCGGGGGCGAUGUUGCUUCUUUGGAAUUGUCUUCCGGGAAUUCCUAGAGAUAGGAGAGCAUCGGCUAACAAUAGCCGCGGGGCCUAG